CCUCUCGCUUCCUUGAUCGUUCAUCUGCCCUAAUCUGUCGUUUCAUCUCAAUUUCUUUCCCUCACCGUCGUCGGGAAUUAUCGAGAAAUCUCUCCGGGAAGUCGAUUCCAUAGAUCUCGGUAACUACGCCCACGGACAUGGCGGCUGCAGCUACAACAAGCGUUGUGCCGCCGAAUCGGCGGCGUGCGAUAACCGCGCCGGAAGAUAAGUUGGAAUUCGAGACGACGGAGGGGGUUGAGCCGAUCUUGAGUUUCGAUCAGAUGGGUAUUAAGGAUGAUCUUCUCCGUGGAAUAUAUGCAUAUGGUUUUGAAAAGCCCUCGGCCAUUCAGCAAAGAGCCGUGCGGCCUAUUAUCGAUGGUCGAGAUGUCAUUGCUCAGGCCCAAUCUGGAACUGGCAAGACCUCCAUGAUUGCCCUUACCGUUUGCCAGAUGGUUGAUACCUCCAGCAGAGAGGUGCAGGCCUUGAUCUUGUCCCCUACGAGAGAAUUGGCAACUCAGACAGAGAAGGUUAUAUUGGCAAUUGGCGACUACAUCAAUAUACAAGCACACGCAUGUAUUGGAGGCAAAAGUGUGGGUGAAGAUAUCAGAAAGCUCGAGUUUGGAGUUCAGGUUGUGUCAGGAACUCCUGGAAGAGUCUGUGACAUGAUCAAGAGAAGAACAUUGCGUACCAGAGCCAUUAAGUUGUUAGUUCUGGAUGAAUCCGAUGAGAUGCUGAGCAGAGGGUUUAAAGACCAAAUUUAUGAUGUAUAUCGAUAUCUCCCACCAGAGCUUCAGGUUGUCUUGAUUUCUGCUACUCUUCCUCAUGAAAUCCUGGAGAUGACGAAUAAGUUUAUGACAGAUCCCGUGAGGAUCCUUGUGAAGCGUGAUGAGUUAACUUUGGAGGGUAUUAAGCAAUUCUUCGUUGCAGUUGAGAGGGAAGAGUGGAAAUUUGAUACCUUAUGUGAUCUUUAUGACACCUUGACUAUCACCCAAGCCGUAAUUUUCUGUAACACCAAGCGUAAGGUUGAAUGGCUGACUGAGAAGAUGCGCAGCAAUAACUUCACAGUUUCACAUAUGCAUGGAGACAUGCCUCAAAAGGAAAGAGAUGCAAUUAUGGGGGAGUUUCGAUCGGGAACUACCCGUGUCCUAAUCACUACUGAUGUUUGGGCCCGAGGACUUGAUGUUCAGCAGGUAUCACUAGUGAUAAACUAUGACCUUCCAAACAAUCGAGAACUUUACAUUCACAGGAUAGGAAGGUCUGGUCGGUUUGGGCGCAAGGGUGUUGCUAUUAACUUCGUGAAAAGUGAUGACAUCAAGAUCCUGAGAGACAUUGAACAGUACUACAGUACCCAGAUUGAUGAGAUGCCCAUGAACGUUGCUGAUUUGAUUUAGCACUGCUUGAUAAUAUUGUGUGCUGUGUGGAAGAUUUGUGUUAAUAUGCUCGCACAUGAGGUUUUAUGUCCUUUUAAGUGCCUCUUUAUCGAUGAUAUUUAGCGUAGGAAGAAGUUUUCACAGCAACCUUUUUCUGAGUGGCUUGGAGUGUUCAUAAGUUGUAUAAUACCCCUGCGGUUGUUUUUCAUUUUUUCAAGGGAAAGGAACUCAGAUUAUAUCUUUGAUCGACUUGAAAUAUAUAAUAUAUUUUGAGAUUAGUUGUGUUG